UUCUCGCAAUUUCAGUGCGAGUUGUGAGAUUUUGCAAUGUCCGAGUGAAGUCAAACAGGCGAAAUCGAUGCUGUGACCGCGUAGAGUGUCCGUCUGAAAAUGACAUCGAGGAGCAAAAAUGCCGUGCGGAGUUACGAGACCGAGAUCGAAAAGAGUCGGGAGGAGUCCAACUGGAAGAAGGCAAUCGAAUUGGCACUGCAGCUCAAGGCCAGGUCUCCUCAACAUGAAAGCCUCGCACAUUUCCUCAUUGGCGAAGGCAAGUUGGAAGCAUACCUUGAUGAAUGGCCACCCAUCAAGGAGAACAUUGAGAGAGCCCAGAGGGAGCUGUCUGAAGCUCGGGGUUACCUGACAUUAGCUACAGAUGAGGCGGGAAAGAAGGCUGGGGUUGCACUAGAUGCACAUCUUUUACUUGGGAAGCUAAACUUUGCGUGCGGCACGUAUGAUGAUGCUUUGAAGCAUUAUAAGUUAGCAGAACUUGAUACUUUGACCGAAAAAGAGUUGCCAGUGCGCAGUUUGCGCAUAGUGGCGGAGUCGUACGCCAUCAAGGGGCUCUGCUUAGAGCAGACCGCUCUGCCCGGCUCCAGCAGCCGCUUCAAGCAGGCGGAGCGGGAGUCGGAGAUGGUGCGCAGCUUCGAGGUGUCGUCGGAGCUGAGCCUGCUGUACCUGCAGCGCGCGCGCGCGGGCGCCGGCGCCGCGCUGGAGACGGCGCUGCAGCGCGCGCCGCUGCUGCACAUCCGCGCCGGCCGCCUCGGCGCCGCCGUCGACAGGUACCGGGAGAUGCUGACAGCGGUGGAAUCCGUGUCCACGCAGUCGCUGCGGCUCACGCUGGCGCGGCAGCUCGCCGAGGUGCUCAUGAGGGGAGUCACGGGGCAGGUGUACAAAGCGCCGCAGAAGGUGGCCUCCCCGCCGCAGCAGCAGGGCACGCUCACUCGGAGAAGAGAAGAGCACGUGUCCGAGGGACCCUGGAAACCGAAGAAGUACGCGGGCAUCAAUCAGUUCGUGCCGCGGAACGAGUACGAGGAGGUGGUGCUGCUGUUGCUGGUGGGCGAGGCGAUGGCCGUUCGCGACGCCGUGCUGUCGCAGAGCGCCGAGUUCGAGGCGGCGCGCGAGCACGCGCUGCGCAACGCCGUGGCCGUCGUCGACCUGCUGGCGCUGGCCAGCGUGCGCUGGGGGCAGCUGGCGCUCGUCAUUGAGUCGCUGGAGCGCGCCAUGAAGUUCUCGUUCGGCUGCGCGCACGUGUGGCGCCAGCGCGCGCUCGCCACGGCCGCCGCCGCGCGCUGCCCCGCCGCCGCGCCGCCGCCCGCCGCGCCCGCGCCGCUGCUGCCGGGCACGCACGCGUGGAGCGCGCACGUGCGCGCGCUGUGCGUGGCGCGGCGCAGCGGCCCGCUGGUCCCGCGCGACGCCGCGCUGCGGUUGCUGGGCGCCAGUACGUGCUACCGCGCCGGCUGGAUAGAGGAAGGCAUAGAGCUGGCGGACGAGGCGCUGGCGAUAGAAGAGGAACGCGAGGGCUGGUUGCUAGCGCGCUGCUACCUCUACUGCGGCAUCGGCCAUCAGAUGAAGGCGCAGAAAACAAAUUCCCGCGUGGAGAAGGAGUCCGCGAACGAAACGAGCUUGCGGAUGCUGCUGCGGGCGGUGGAGCUGGAUGACAACGACCACUUGGCGUUCUACCACCUGGCGCUGCAGUACAUGCACGUGGGCAUGCUCAACGAGGCUAUGGACGCGACGCGCGCGUGCCUGGGCGCGCGGCCGGAGUGCGGCGGCGGCUUGCGGCUGGCGACCGCGCUGUGGGCGUCGGCGUGCGCGGGCGUGCGCGGCGCGCGGGCGCUGGCGGCGGCGCGCCUGGCGCACCUGCACUACCCCGCCGCCGCGUGGCCGCUGCUCAGCCUGGCCGCGCUGCAGCUCGUGUGGGAGAGCGGAGAGGCCGCUCUCGCCACAGGCAAGGAGCUGCUGAAGCUGCUGCACGGCGCGCCCGACGACGAGCCCGCGCCCUACGCCGAGCUGGACGCGCGCUCCGACUCGCUACACGACGACACGCACAGCAACCGCGACGCCGCCUCGAUCCGCGCGGAGUCGGCGGGCGCGUACCGCAUGGAGCGCGCGCUGUCGGAGGGCGCGUCGUCGCUGUCGGCCCGGAAGCCCAAGUCGCCGCUGGCCGAGCAGAAAGCGCAUGCGUGGCUGCUGCUAGCGGAUUUAUGUUUAAGGUUAGACCGUGUCGGUGCAGCGGCCGGUUGUGUUUCGGAAGCGGCUGCACUAACUCCCUUCAGUCAUCUCGUGUUGUACACGAGAGGCCUCGUGCACGCGGCCGGCGCCGAGUGGGACGAGGCGCGCCAGUGCUUCCAGAACGCGCUGGCGAUACACCCCACGCACCUCGAUAGCUUAGUGCAGCUAGGCGCCACGUACUACUCGCUGGGCUGGCUGCGCCUGGCGGAGCGCACGCUGCGCGAGGCGGGCUCGCUGCAGCCCACGCGCGCCGACACGUGGCGGCGCCUGGCGCUGGUGCUGGCGGCGCUGGGCGAGCCCGCCGCGGCCGCCGACGCCGCCGCCGCCGCGCUGGCGCUGCAGCCGCUGUCCGGCGACCCGCUGCCGCUCUGACGCGAGGAUAUCCACGGUAGUGACUAGCGCGAGCGAGGCGACUGGCGGCACGCGGACGGACACACGAAUAUAUUACACUAAUAUAUUGAUACGGUAUCUGUAAGGAGUGCAUGUGUUGAUAUGACUCGAAGGUUUCAAUCGUAGAUAUGCAAAACCACUAAAAUUACCCUCCGACGCCAUAUCAACUUGACACUGUUCCAAAUGAAAGCAUUGGAAAGGCACGGGUCUCCUCUCGGAAUAGGCCGUAGGCUGAAGUCCGCCAUACUGGCCAAGUGCGGAUUGAUAUUUAUACAAGUUUUCGUUUACCGUUAUAGCAAGGCGAUCCAACUUAGCCUACCGUCAAGUCCUAACCUCUAGGCGAACAUAAAGCUCAAAUUCCAGCCUAAUCAGUGUUGAGUCCAUCAUGGCGCGUCAAGGACACAAACUUCCAUUAGAUUGUCUGUGCCUAAAAAUGUCAGCUUACAUUUUGCCCUAUUUAAAGCGACAACAUGAGUAAUUGUAGUUUUUUUUUAGUAAUUUUUAUUAUAAUUCCUUGGACAUUCGUAUUCCAAGUGUAUUUUUCUUACCUGUCUUAU